CCUUUUACACUGCUAUGGAAAAGUGAUUGCCAUCAACACCUACAUCAGAGACUUUCUGCAAUUGCCCCUGCAACGCCUCUUGCAGCAAGUCACUUCCGCUCGUUUCUCCUUCGAGAUAUCGGAACGUACCACUCUCGAAUCAAGGCGACGGGAGCCGUCACCCCAGGCUGCCCCAGGAGCCGUGAGCCUGCCGUUAUCCGUGCCAAGGCAUAUAACUGCAAUAAAGAACUCUUCUCGGUUAUGUACAGCAACUAUCGUCUUUUCGGGUCUGGAUACCUUCCUUUACUAGCGUUCGAUGACGAGAUGAUCGACGAUCUCUCUUCUUCUAGUCAGAGUCGCGAACGGGGCACCAGAACGCAGCUGUCCCGUGCCGCAAUUCUGAAGGCCUGGAAUGCGAAUAAGCGACACCUGAGGUCUGUAUCAGAUCCAAAGAUGCUGUCAAAUUAUGGAGUUCGAAAAGAGGUCACCUUGCGCUUCGACAUCAUACUGAUGAUGUGGGCCAACGGCUAUUUCCAGGCUACACGUGAAAGCCACACCGGGCCACUCGAUCGGACAGCCCCUCUUCUAGCGGAACCCAGUGUUCAUUUGCCCUUUUGGACGAUUCCUACUGAGGACAUAAAUGCAAUGAUCUUUACGCAGGCCGCUCGCUUUGUUCUUCCCCUGGACCACUUAUUCUUCGAGGCCGGUACCGGCUUGACAGAUCAGCCAGCACACUCCAACGUAGCAGAGCGUUACGUCCAGAGGAUUCUCGGCUUUUACACAGCUCAGAUGCUUUGUCGACUCUUAGUUCACAGCUUCAUUGGCGAGAAAAUGCUGAACUACGAUCAGUGGAUCUGGCUUUCGUGCUGGACGGUUCCCAACAGACCCUCCCACCGUCGCGAGGAGCUACUUGAACGGCAGGGUCUGGGACUAGAAGGUACUGUCAUGACUUCUGGGAUGCUAUGGAUCCCUCCCGCCAAGAUGGACUGGCAGCGUGGCCAUCUCGCACUCGAUGUACUCGUUUACUUGUACAUUCCGCGAAGCCCUUUACAUCCUCGACUCGCCUCACAGGUUAAUGUUCAAACCCUCACUGUGUCCAAAAUCACGGUUGAUAUUUUUUUUCAGCAAUGGCUCAAGGAAGCUCGGGCGGCAUUCGACAGUGAUCAGAAUCAGAAAGCAGAGGAACUAGUGGAACGGGCGUUCUCUCUCGCAACGGAAGAAAUUGCACGAGCAUACCACCAACACAUUUUGUUGAAGUUGCAAUCGUACUGGGAACGAGAUCGGCUAAGAAUCGGUCAAGACAAACUGCCCUCCCUUUUACGGUUGCAAGAAGGUGUAGAGGAGUCGGCAACUGAUGGCAGUCAGAUUGUGACCGCUCAAACAAUAUGGGAGGUUUAUGCCGAGGCAUGGGCUCUCUAUGCUCAACUCUACGCAGAUACCGACCCAAAUAAGUUACCGCGGGAGUUACCCUAUUGGAUGACUACACGAACGUACGUGCCGCCUCAUGAUGGUUGGUCGUCUUUCGUAUUCCAUCAUCUCUUUCACCGAGCUAGCCCACCAUCGUGGAAUCAUCUUUACUUCCUCCGACUCUAUCGGACGUUCGAAGAGUCUUGGAAGGGAAUUCAGCAAUAUGCAGGGCCAUUCGAUCGCCGGUUUCGUCAUGUAGUUGGAAAUUAUAUCAUGGUUGCUUUCAACAGUAGUCAGAGAAACGAGGUCGGCACCUAUCAGCACGACAAGUCUUGGUACCGGGGAAAACCAACAUUCUUCAAGAUCCAAUUUUGGGCGCCAUACUUUUCUCCACCAGAAGACAACGUUCGCAUUCCAUGGCAAUGGGUCAGUGAUCAUGGAACCCGGCACCCAGACAUUGCGCCAGACACUAAGUCCGAGUACAUGACAGUGGAAUACUUUCACUCCUUGGAAGGUGUGCUUUGCAGAUUAUGGUGGAAAUGCAUGUAUGAGACGGACCAGCUGUGUGAUACUGGACCAACGCGGCGGAAUUUGAUCUGCUCGUCUGUCCUUGAACACUUUUCGAGACUUGUAGGCCCACAAUGGUAUGCGGAACGUGGAAGUGGACGGCCCUAUCUGCUACCUUGGCACCUGCCACGUUGGGAGGACAGGGAACGCGAGAGAGAGGAUUUCUUACUUCUCCCCAUUUCAGCCGGCACUGUGUUGAAGGAGUACGAAGAGACCAAGCACUCGCGACCGACAAUGCUGCUACCUACCCGACAUAACAUGAUGUGGUUGCUCAAUGUCGUCGAAUCCAUCCCCGAUCUCUCUGAAUAUACUCAGAAGCAAAUCCAAUGGAUGGACAAGGUUCUCGACAAUAAUGUAGGCCAAUUUGCCCUUCGCAGUCAUCUGAGUGCCAAAGCUACAGCUACGGCUGAAGGCGAUCAAGCCAAUCCACUUCUGAGAUCUUUCCUAUCACAGACCAGGGCUCCUAAUAGUGCAGACCAUUUACACUAUUAG